CGAGGCGCGGGGCGUGGCCCGGUAUAAAAAGCCGCGCCCGGCGCUGAGGCCGCCAUUCUGAGGGCUGGUGGAGGUUUGGUUGGUCUUGAGAGACGCCGUCGCCUUUACCACGAGAGAAAAACCAAUACAAAACAAUACAAAAUACAAUACAAAACGCGAACAAAACAACAAAAAAUAUAUAUACAACAAAGAGGGGAAGGAAAAAAACAGGUUUUCUGUCCCCCUUUGCCGUGAAGAGCCGCCGCAGCCUCUCCGUCCUUUGGACCGUCCUUGGAAGCCGUUCCAAACCCGAAGGAAACUGCCAUUUAAAAAACAUAUUUCCCUCUUCUUUCCCCCAAAAAACAAAGGCAAAACCCACUUUUUUUUUUCGAGCAAAAAAAAAAAAAAAAAAAAAAAAAGCAACUUUUUUUUUUUAAAUACUAUUUUUUUUUUUUUGGUUUGUAGCUCGACCAGUUUAGCUCGAUCCACUCCUUUAGGGCUUUAAAAACCAAACAAAACCCAAGGAAAAAAAAAAAAAAACUUUAAAAAAAACCAACAAAAUAACCGUCAAGCUGCAAAAAAAAAGUUGCUGCGUUUUUUUAAAAGCCAUGAUUAAAAUCAAACGAAUUUUUUGGCUCUAACGCCACCUCCAAAUGCCAAAAUCCAAACCUUGAAGCGCUGUCGGCUGAGAAAAAAAAUUGGAUAGCUGUUCCUGCCAUGGGCUCCGGCCCCAUCGACCCCAAGGAGCUCCUCAAGGGCCUCGAUUGUUUCCUGGGCCGGGAUGGGGAGGUCAAAACCAUGGAUGGCAUCUCCAAAAUAUUCAGCCUCAUGAAGGACUCCCAGAAGAUGGUGAGUCGCUGCAUUUACCUGAACAUCCUCCUGCAGACCCGGGCCCAGGACAUCCUGGCCAAGUUCAUCCGGAUCGGGGGCUACAAGCUGCUCAACACGUGGCUGACGGGCUCCAAGGCCGCCAACAACGUUCCCUUCCUGCAGCAGCUGCUGCUCACCCUGCAGCACCUCCCGCUCACCGUCGACCACCUCAAGCAGAACAACACGGCCAAGCUGGUGAAGCAGCUCAGCAAGUCCAGCGACGAUGAGGAGCUCCGCCGCCUGGCCUCCAUCCUGGUCAGCGACUGGAUGGGGGUGAUCCGCUCCCAGAGCAGCUCCCAACCCACAGAACGGGACAAAAAGAAGAGGAAAGAGGAAAACAAAAGCAAAACCCCAGUCCCGGAGAAGCCCCAGGAGACCAAAAACGAGGCCAAAAGUGAGGAAAUUCCCGAAAAAAAACGGGAAAAACCCAAAUCCCUGCGGACCACGGCCCCCAGCCACGCCAAGUUCCGCUCCACAGGGCUGGAGCUGGAGACGCCGUCGCUGGCGCCGGUGAAGAAACUGAACUCGGCCUCGUCCGACAAAUACAGCCUGAAACCCGUCCCGGUCAAGAGGCAGAGCGCCCCGACAGCCCCCGGGGAGGCUCCGCUGGCAGAGAAGAAAUACAAACCCCUAAACACGGCCCCAAACGCGGCCAAGGAGAUCAAAGUGAAGAUCAUCCCCCCACAGCCCAUGGAAGGCCUCGGGUUCCUGGAUGCCCUGAACUCAGCACCUGUCCCCGGUAUCAAAAUCAAAAAGAAGAAGAAAGUUCUGUCCCCAACAGCAGCCAAGCCCAGCCCCUUCGAGGGGAAGCCGGCGCCGGAGCCCAGCACGGCCAAACCCUCGUCCCCAGAGCCGGCGGCCGCGGAGCCCAUGGACACAGACCGGCCGGGGACGCCGGUGCCGGCCAUCGAGGUGCCCGAGCCCAUGGACACCGGCUCGUCAGAGGCGGGGGGUGACCCCAAGGCCACCGAUGUCCCCUCCGAGGGUGGCCCGGCCCCGCGCAGGCCCCGCAAGAAGAAAUCGGUGUCGUGGCCCGAGGAGGGGCGGCUGCGCGAGUAUUUCUACUUCGAGCUCGACGAGACCGAGCGAGUGAACGUGAACAAGAUCAAGGACUUUGGCGAGGCGGCCAAGCGGGAGAUGCUGAAGGACCGGCACGCCUUCGAGACGGCGCGGCGCCUCAGCCACGACUCCAUGGAGGAGAAGGUGCCCUGGGUCUACCCCAAGGCCCUGGAGCUGCCGGCGCCGCUCGUCAUCCCCGGCAGCGGCAGCCGCGAGCGCUUCACGCAGGCCGAGCGCGUCAAGGGCAUCCUGCAGGAGAUCUUCCUCUCCAAGGAGAGCAUUCCCGACAGCCCCCACGAGCCCGACCCGGAAUCCUACGAGCCGCUCCCACCCAAACUCAUCCCCUUGGACGAGGACUGCUCGGGCGAGGACGGGGCCUAUCCCGAGGGGCUGGAUCCCGGGAAUUCCGCGGCCUCCCCGGAGCCGGGGGCGGGGGCCAAGCUGCCCCCAGUCCUUGCCAACCUCAUGGGCAGCGUCGGGGCGGGCAAGGGCCCCCCAGGACCCCCCCAAAACGCCCCCAUCAACAUGCAGGAGAUCCUCAGCUCCAUCAUGGGCGGCCCCAGCAGCCACAAGGCCGAGGAGCUGCUGAAGCAGCCGGACUACUCGGACAAGAUCAAACACCUGCUGGGCAACCUGGGCAACCAGCCGCCGGGGGGGCCCGGGGGAGUUCCCCACGGGCUGCUGGGCCCCGGCCCCAUGAACGGCUUCCCCCCGCCCAAGAUGCAGCACUUCCCCCCGGGGGGGCCCAUGCCGGGCCCUCACGGCGGCGGCGGCGGCGGCGGGGGGGGGGGGUCCCGGCCUCCCCCCGGGGCUCCGGGGGGUCCCCGCCUGCUGGGCCCCCCCCCCCCUCAGCGCGGCGACUUCUGGGGGGAGGGGCCUGACGGGGGUGGGGGAGGGGGCGGCCUCCGCGGGGGCCCCCCCAAUGGGGGAGGGGGAAUGCGAGGAGGAGGAGGAGGGGGCGGGGGGGGGCCGCCCCCUCCCCCGUUCCACCGCCCCCCUCCCCGCGGGGGUCGCGGCGGCGCCGAGCCCCCCCCGCCCCCCCCUUACCGCUGCCGGGGCGGGGGAGGGGGCCGGAGCGGGGGACCCCCCCCCAAUGGCGGCGGCGGCGGCGGGGGGGGGUCUCGGGGGGGGCCCCCCCCUCCCCACGGCGAGCACGGCAGAGACCACCCCCCCCCCCGGGGCCACGGCGGAGGCCACGGCGGAGACAUGUCGAGCCGCGCCGUGUGCCGCCACUUCAUGCUCAAGGGCAGCUGCAGGUACGAGAACAACUGUGCCUUCUACCACCCCGGCGUCAACGGGCCCCCCCUGCCCUGAAACCCCCCAAAAACACCCCAAAAAAAACCAAAAAAACAAAAAAAAUCCACCCCCCAAAAAAAAAAAAAAAAUCCCA